CGACCAUCUGCCAGCAAGCGAAGGGCCAACAACAGCAGACUCGACCACCCAACACUCUCUCCUUUCGCCCAACAGGCCGUCAUCGACUCCUGUACCUGGACUUCGCCCCGUCCAACGGAGCUCAGUUCAAUUUCUUCUAUCUUCGACUCACUUCCAAAUAUGACGGCAACCAACAACAAAAGUUCCAAUGCAACUUGCGGACACAAGCGCGAAGCUGAACCCAUGGCCACUAACGAAAACCCUCCUAAGCGCUCCAACUACGGCAAGUGCCAGUACAAGACCGGCAAGUGCUUCAACGAACGUACCCUCAAGCGCAAUGGUGAAGCACACUCGCUUUGCGAGGAGCACCGCGUCAAACAGAACUUGAUCCAGCGUCGCAGUGACCGCAAGUACCAAACGGUGCAUGCCAUUCGUCGUCGUGAGCGAUCGCAGCGUCGCGCUGUAUUGAAGAAGCAGGUCUCGAUGGCGGUGGCCCAGCAGCUCUUUUAUGAGCACCAGCAGCAAAAAACGAUGGGGACCCCAUUGCUGCAGCACCUCCCUUUGCACAUGGUAUCGGUCGAUGCACCUGCGAUGACCGGAACUAUGGAUCUGGCUCCCCCAAUCCAGGUUCCGACGCAUGGCUACGGUCAGAGCGGUAUGGGAUCACCGCUGGUGUUGUCUGUUCAGCACCAGAGCGGCCACACUGAAGAUAACAGCUAUAACAAAGUCUCGUCGGGAACGAAGGACGAAUCGACCCCUACGGGCAUCGACGAUAUCAUGACGGGCUCGUUUCUGACGAUCCCCAUGCGAGGUAUCCACAGCAUCCCGGCGCUCAAAGAUGAGGAGAUUGGAGAUAUUAGCAGUUUGGGCGACAGCUUCGGCUACAUGCCGAUCGUGUCAUGCUCGGAUGACAAGGAAACGUGGAGCGACGACGACAUUGAGUUCCUGCAGACUAUUCUGCUAGCUUAGACGUAGCGAUCCGCCUAACGGUCGCUGUCUAAACACCCUUGUGCGUCUACCUACCGAGUUGUUCGGCUGUCGCUAUCACCAUUUAUAUAAAAGCGCCACAGAAAGACUCUUUAUCAUAAUUGUACCGACCAAAUAAAAAAACUUUUCUAUUAAUA